UGUCGCUCCAGAUCAGCGGUGGGGAGCCAAUGUGAGGCGCGCUCUCGCACUCUCGCGCUCCUGCCAGCGGCGGUGCAGCGCGGAGCGAGAGAGAGGGGCAGCGCGACCCAUCAGCGGGAUUCCAGCCAGCUCGCAGCAGUCGCUUCCAGGAGGACGGACAUAGAUAUGUGUAGCGGCUGCCCGUGUUAACCUUCAGCUACGGGAGUUUGCCCUACUUUAGAGAGGAGUAGAGCCAGGGCGGCUCAGAUCUGCGUGAACUUCACCAUCCUUUGGAAGAAGUGAAAAUACCAGGACGCUUUCUUCAGAAGCGUUGAUUCUUUAUGCACGACAUUGUUCAAGCGCUCUUCACGCAGUCAACGGGGUGUGUGUGAGCAGAGGAGGACGCUGCUGUGGUACUCUGGGGAUGUGUAAAAUCUCCAUCCGUCCAGGAUCUCUGCAGCUUUUUAGGAGCUGUUCACUGGACUUUUGUGCAAGAGUGUGUGACCUGGGCGUGCGUUCACCAUGGCUCUAGUUCAGGCACUGCCUGUGCCCACUGAUCACCCGAAGCCCAGUGCUGACAUCCAGCAGUGCCGCUCAGUAUCUCACUCCCCCAUCGUAGCUGCGGCAGGCACCAUGGGCUCUGUAAGCAGCCUUAUCUCUGGACGUACCUAUCAGGAGCGUCACUGCCAAGCUGCCAGUAACUUUGGCGGCAAGUAUCGCAAACCCACACCAGCUACAAGCUGUUUCCGACAGCAAGAGGGCACGCUGCGCAGCUCCAGCUCACAGGAGCAGCUUCUCACCAGGCAGCCUCCUCUACCUGCUAAGAAAAAGUCCUCCGCCCCCAUCUCUACUGGCAAUGGCAACUAUGGCUAUUUGAGUGAUGAGCCAGUGGGUGACUGGAACGAUAAUCAUGUGACCACGUACAGCCCAUCUAGUGAUACCGAAGAGCCUCCUGAUAACAGAGGCAUGAAUGGUAACAUUGGUGGCCCUCCUCCAAAACUUGUCCCAGUGUCAGGGAAGCUGGAAAAGAGUAUGGAGAAGAUACUGAUCCGUCCCACUGCCUUUAAGCCUGUUGUGUCCAAGAAUCGCAACUCUGUUCAGUACCUGUCUCCACGGUCAGGGGGCAGUCUGACUGAAAGCCAGGGCAGCCUCAAUCUCUUACUUCCUGGUACUGGGUUGGGUUGUCAGGAGAAGCGUAACUCUUACAGUGGAGGGCGCAACGCACGGAGUAGCCAAUGCUGCACUAUGUCAGACUCAGGCCGCAACUCACUCUCCAGCCUACCAACCUACAGCAGCACAGGAUACAGCCUGACACAGAGCGAGGUUCCUACCGGGCACAUUGAAACCACACGCUCUAGCGGUGGCCAUGGACACUCUAACUCCGACAGUGGUCGGUCAUCAUCCAGUAAGAGCACAGGGUCUUUAAGUGGCCGUGGGCAGCCCCUCUCAGACAGUGGAUCGUGUGGCCGCUCUCCGGCCCCAGGAGAAGGGUAUGAGGGCGUCAUUCGAGAACUUGAGGAGAAGCUGAGGGAAAGAGAUCUGGAGCUGCAGCAACUAAGGGACAACCUGGAUGAGAACGAGGCAGCCAUCUGUCAGGUGUAUGAGGAGAAACAGAAGCGGUGUGAGCAAGAGUUGGAGGACCUUCGGCAGAGUUGCUCAUCGAAAAUGAAGCAGGUGCAGCUGAAGGCACAACGGGCACAACAGGUCCUGCAGUUGCAGGUGUUCCAGCUGCAGCAAGAGAAGAAGAAAUUGCAGGAAGACUUCUCCCAACUGCUGCAGGAACGGGAGGCAUUGGAGAAGAGAUGUGCCUCUUUUGAGAAGGAGCAGACACAACUAGGUCCCCGUCUAGAAGAGACAAAGUGGGAGGUCUGUCAGAAGUCUGGUGAGAUCUCUCUGCUGAAGCAGCAGCUGAAGGAUGUACAGGCUGAUCUUGGUCAGAAGGCCAGCGAGAUUGUUGCGUUGAAGGCACAGUUGAGAGAGGCUCGUUCUGAGCUUCAAGCUAGCCAGGUUCGCUCGCAGGAAGCCCACGCCACAGCCCGCACCCGUACACUCGAACUAGAGGUUUGCGAGAAUGAGCUGCAGCGUCGUAAAAGUGAAGCGGAGCUCUUGCGGGAGAAGAUGGGACAUUUGGAGGAAGAGUCCAUCCGUCUUAAAGAGGCCCUUGCCGUGCCCCCAUUCCAAACUCUACCUUCUAAGGGCCAAUGCAUGAGUUUGCCCCUGCCCCAAACCCAUGGGGGAAUCACUCACGGGAUCAGUCCAGCUUUCCGGGACAACAGCAGUGAAGAGCAGUUUCUAGCAUAUGAAAGCGAUGAAGCGAAGGUCCAGCGUCAGAGUGUGGAUAUGCUUCAUGGUCUCCGUCAGCAGGUGGACCGAAUGCGUGCUGAGCUGAUGUAUGAGAGGAGGCGGAGUGAGGACCAACUGGAAGCCUUUGAGGAUGAACGCAGGGUAUGGCAGGAGGAGAAAAACAAGGUGAUUCGUUACCAGAAGCAGCUGCAGCAGAACUACAUCCAGAUGUACCGCAGAAACCGAGACCUAGAACGUGUGAUGAGGGAACUUAGUCUUGAGCUGGAGAACAGAGAUCUGGAGGAGUUUGACAUGCGUAGCAAUGAGAUCCAUUUUGAGGAGAUCACUGCCACUGAAAUCUAAUCCACAUCUCACUCUGCCAUCCCAAAAUGAAUUUCCACUGUGCUUGUGUGAGGAGCACUGGCCUGCACUGCAGUGUUAUUUGGCAUGGUUCUCCACACUAUUUCAGAAAGACUUAUGUUCAUGGCAAGUUAUUGUGAUGUCUACAGAGGCCAAUAAAACAUGUAGCAUUUGUAUUUAGACAUCUUCAUCACUUCCUGCCUCGGGCACCUGUGAGGAAACCUGUGAGAUGAAUGUACAAUGACUGUGAACAGCAGUUAAUUGAUGCCACUGGUGAAGGGAAGGUGUCCUCAAAGCUGGUGAUCCUGGCAAACCCCUAUAGUACAACUAGGGCUAAAUGUAGCUUAAUUCUGGAAAAAAAAAAUAUAUAUAUAUCACAUUUAACCCCCCCACCCCACCCCGAUCUGAAACAUGAUUUUUUUAAAGGGGUCAUAUGAUGUUUUUUUAUACAAUCAUUAUUUUGUGUAUUUGGUCUAACAGAGUAUGUUGACAUGCUUUAAUAUUAAAAAACACAUUAUUUUUCAAAUACUGUACAUUAUUGUAGGUCUCUAUGCCCCAAAAGAGAAAGGAAAAUUUUUAAUCGAAUCAUAAGACCCCUUUAAGACAUUUUUCACACAGGAAGCUGAUGAACAAAAGACAUGUUUUUCCAUUCAAAAACAUCUACACAGUGGUGCACAAUUUAGGGCUCUCAAGAUGUUUAACUACUUUGAAACAUAAAAUGUUGACAAGCAGUGAGAUGGACAAUGGCCAAAGACAUUUGUAGCAUAAAGUGAAUGCUAGAAUGUGUCCUUUAUGAACUAGAUUGGGAAAUUGGGCAGACUGACAAACCCAAUUUCUAAAUGGGUUGAUGUGAGCCGAAGUUCAGUGACGGUCUUAUGUUCAGUGAUAUCAAAAUAAAAUCUAUGACACUUUUACAAACGUCCAUUCAAUAUUUUACUCACCUGCUAACUAAAUUCAUUUGGAAUUUUUUUUUAGAGCAAAUAUACUGAAAUGGUUAUGAGAUUGAAAAACCAGUGGGAAGAAAUACAGCAUGUAGGCUAAGGGUUUCGUGUUGUUUCUCAUAUUCCAUUUAGUGCCUCGCCCAUUGUACCAGCAUUAACACUGAUGGGAAGAGACUUGGAGGCCCUCCACUGAACAUCUCAUGUUAAGUCACAGAAACUGCAGUUGUGUUGCAUUCAUUCUUGGUGUUCUAGUUGUGCUGGUGUUAAGUCCUCAACAACAUUGCGUCAUAUCUUCUCAGCUAUUCACGGCACUAUGCAGCAAGAACUGUCACCUCUCAUCUCACAGCCCCGCUGCUUAUACUACAUUUGAUACUAAUCACUGAUGCAGAAGUGUUAUUUUUAUAAUUAGAUGAUAUAUUAGUAGUUAUAACUAGCAAAUAUAGAGGCAAAUAUAUAUAUUUUUGUCUUUUCUUUGUGAGUAUUGCUAUGCACACUGUACAGAGUGAAUAGCAUGUGUGCAUGACACUGUAGCAUUUCUGUGGCCAGACAGUCUGGCAUUGAGUCACGUUAUGGCAUAACACAGGUCAACCAGGUGGUUUUGUCAACCAUUUCUGCUCUGUAAUGACAUAGUUGAUGAAUGCAUAGAUAUUAUGUUAGAUUUGCAUACAAUCUGAAAAAUACUAAUCAAAUGUCUGUGGUCAUUUUGUUAAAGGGAUAUAUAUCAUAUAUAUAUAUAUAUAUAUAUAUAUAUAUAUAAUGUAUAUUUUUAUAUAUUCCACCUCAAGCUAUUUUGUGGUAACACAGGUAACUUUGUGGUUUUAAUAAUGCAAUAUGAAUUGCAUAUUUCACACACUUUUUUCUCCAGAGGGGUCAUUUGCCAUAGCAUGUUCAUAGGGAGCUCUGAAAGUGUUUCAUAUAGUGGUUAGUGUUUUUAUAUUCAUAUGGAGUAUUUACUAUGUCCGUCUCUGAUCAUAACGUACAGUAUUUUUACAUAAAUACAUUUUUGAUCAUGUUAUAGAAAACUGGCAAGAAAAUUGUCUGACAACAAGGCAAUGCUUGAAAGCUUUUUUGACAAGGAAGAAAAAAAUGUAAUGGCAAAAAAUUAUGAAAUAAGGAGUGAGGUAAAGAGCAACCAAAGAUAAUCUGUUAUGAAUUUUCCAUAGUAUCUUUAUCAGCUUAUAGUUAUAUACAUUUACACAUUUUUCACUCAGUGCUUUUUUUUUUUUUUACUAUGUAGUAUACUCUUAAUGAUCCUACAUUAAAACAGACACUUUAUUUAUGUGAUAAUUUUUAUAUUUUUAAUUCAAGGCCAAAUAAUUAAUUUCAGUAUUUUUUUCAGAAUGAUUCAAUGUUUGUGAUUAGUCUAGUCUUGUAUCGCUUCAAUUAAUUUCUACAUUCAUCAAUGACUGCCUGAGAAUCAGAAGAUAAGAUGCCCUAUUAUUCUCACCCUGUUUAGAUUAUCAUCCUUUGUGUUGUCAGAAUCAUCUCUGUAGCAGAGAUAUGUUAUGAGUGUAUGAAAGAGCUCUACCACUGGGCAAUAUCCUAUGCAUUUCUUCAUGACAUGUCAAUCACACCCCUUAAAAAUACAUUUGUAAAUAUUCCUCUUAUUGUAAUAUUAUUGACAUAUUCAAUGUAUUUGUUUUUACACACAAAUAUCUUGAAGGUGUAACCACUGUGAAUAGACCAAAGCUUGUGUAUGUUUUCUUAGUCAUGUAUGUAUAUUUUCCUGUUGGGUAUUUCAUGUAAAAAUGUGUUUUUAAUUAAAGAAAGUUGCCUCAUC